GGGAAAUGAUGUGGGGCGUAAUGCAGCUGUGGAGGGGGUUGAAGAGAGUGAAGAGAGGGCUCUGCUCCUCCCAGGACUCCCCUGUUGAUCUUUUUCCUAGCUGCUUUCCUUUUGUUGUUGCUUGAGCACCUAUGGUCAUGGUCUGGACAGUUCCUGUGUUGGGCUGUUGUUUCCUUCUUUCCGGCUGUUCUUCUCCCACUUUUCUCUUCUGUGCUUGAUUUGUUCCCUGUGCCCUUUACAGUGUAAAAUAAAUUAUAAUUUGGAUGAGCCUUCAACUUUGUGUCUCUUUAAGAAGAGCAAAGGGGAAAUACAUUGUAGGUUAAAUUGUUCAACUUACUCCCAGUUUGUGUACCAUGUCCACGCUUCAGAAAUUUUUUAUGUUGCCAAGUAUUGUGGUAUUGGUCUUGAAUUAGCUGAUAGCUAUUAUAGUUAAAUGGAAGUGAUCAGCACAUAAAGUGGAGAACUUAUUUAACUUAGCAUAAAGUUAGCUUAACUAUAAUGUUUUUAAACAGCUGCUUAGUUUUACCUUAUUUUGCCCUUAGAAAACUUUCCUUCUGGGUAAAAAGUGGGAUUACAUCUUUGUAAUUUACAUGACUGACUUCUGUUUAUGUAUUCAUAGUACAGGAAGUAAUAAGAAGAUGAUAGUACUUCUGUUUAAUAAGAAACACAAAAAAUAGUUUUGAAUAUUUCCUAAGACAGACUUAAAUACAUUUUACUCGACUAUCUUCAACUAUAGGAUUGCAGGACAGAGGAUGAAAUAUAACAGAGGAGAAGUGUCUCUCUGUGUGUUAUUAUUCCUGGCCUUGCAUGGAACAACAAGUUUGCAGGUAGUACAUCUUCAGUGCAGUUUGAGUUUUUAAGCCCUCUUUUAUUUUACAAUUGGUCUUUUGAAAGACCAUUGUUCAUUAUUGUUUAUAAAUUCCUAAGCAGUCAAUUGUUCUGAGUUUUUAAAAGACAUGACUCAAGUUUUUAGACAAGAUAUUAAUAUUUGUAUACUUAUAUCUGUACAUACUGGAUCUGAUAGAGAAAAUAAGUCUGAAUCUGUAGAAGCGAAGAAAUUGUGUACUGAAUUCAAACAGGAAAUCUCUUUUAAAACGAAUCUCUGGUUUCAGUAAAAAUUGAUUAUCUUGACUUGAGGGAGUUCACAGUGUAUAAAAUGCUCUACAAACUUAUGGCAGAAGGGUUGUUAUACUAUACAUGCAGUGAAGCCCCAUAUGUUUAAGGGUUUUUUACUUUCCUCUGUUAGAAAGUUAUGAAAAAAGACUUUGAAGUAUUUUGUUUAUACUAACAGACAAGAAAAGUUCUCCUAAGAAAAAGCUGGUGGCAGGAGUGUAGAGGAGUAGCAUAUGGCAUUAAAAGGAGCACAGCUGGAGGUAGCAUUUCCAUCUGAACAUGAUGUCAGAGCAGCUGACAGCCUGCCAUCCCUCAGCCUUUUAUUCUAACACACAGACAGGGAGUGAGUGUGUUUGCAGAUCUGUGUGUAAGGAAGGUAUCUCAUUCCUCUCUAACAUCAUCUCCACUUUGCAUCUGUCUCUCUCUUAGUCUGCUUUUUUCCACCGAUCUAACAGACCUGGAGCCAGCAAGACUCGGACAAAAGGACUUAAUCAGGUUUAUGUGUGCUAAAGGUUAUGAAGACAGCAUGGAGUUUCCUGACCAUAGUAGACAUUUACUACAGUGUUUGAGUGAGCAGAGACAUCAGGGAUUUCUUUGUGACUGUACCGUUCUGGUAGGAGAUGCCCAGUUCCGAGCACAUAGAGCUGUACUGGCUUCGUGCAGCAUGUAUUUCCACCUAUUUUACAAGGACCAGCUGGACAAAAGAGACAUUGUUCAUCUGAACAGCGACAUUGUUACAGCCCCAGCUUUCGCUCUCCUGCUUGAAUUCAUGUAUGAAGGGAAACUCCAGUUCAAAGACUUGCCCAUUGAAGAUGUGCUAGCAGCUGCCAGUUAUCUCCACAUGUAUGAUAUUGUCAAAGUCUGUAAAAAGAAGCUGAAAGAAAAAGCCACCACAGAAGCAGACAGUACUAAAAAGGAAGAAGACGCUUCGAGUUGUUCAGACAAAGUAGAGAGCCUUUCCGAUGGCAGCAGCCACAUUGCGGGAGAUAUACCCAGUGAUGAAGAUGAAGGGGAGGAUGAAAAAUUGAGCAUUCUGCCUAGCAAAAGGGACUUGGCGGCUGAGCCUGGGAACAUGUGGAUGAGAUUGCCCUCGGACUCAGCAGGCAUUCCCCAGAGUGGCGGAGAGGCAGAGACACACGCAACAGCAGCUGGAAAAACAGUAGCCAGCCCCUGCAGCUCAACAGAGUCUUUGUCCCAGAGGUCUGUCACCUCCAUGAGGGAUUCAGCAGAUGUUGACUGUGUCCUGGACUUGUCUGUCAAGUCAAGCCUUUCCGGAGUUGAGAAUCUGAACAAUUCUUAUUUUUCUCCACAGGACAUGAUUAGAAACAACCUGGUACAGGUGAAGGUGGAGAAAGAAGCUUCCUGUGAUGAGAGUGAUGUUGGCACUAAUGACUAUGACAUGGAACAUAGCACUGUGAAAGAAAGUGUGAGCACUAAUAACAGGGUACCGUAUGAGCCAGCCCAUCUGGCUCCUAUGAGGGAAGAUUCUGUUUUGAGGGAGCUAGAUAGAGAGGACAAAGCAAGUGACGAUGAGAUGAUAACUCCAGAGAAUGAGAGGGUUCAGGUGGAAGGGAAUAUGGACAGCAGUCUGCUUCCUUAUGUCUCCAACAUACUUAACCCUGCAGGCCAGAUUUUCAUGUGCCCCCUCUGCAACAAAGUCUUUCCUAGUCCCCACAUUCUUCAGAUACAUUUAAGUACGCACUUUCGAGAGCAGGAUGGGAUCCGCAGCAAGCCUGCCACUGAUGUCAAUGUCCCAACCUGCUCCUUGUGUGGUAAGACUUUUUCUUGCAUGUACACCUUGAAACGACACGAGAGGACUCAUUCAGGGGAAAAACCCUACACUUGCACCCAGUGUGGAAAGAGCUUCCAGUACUCCCACAAUCUGAGCCGCCAUGCUGUAGUUCACACUCGGGAGAAGCCGCAUGCUUGUAAGUGGUGUGAGCGCAGGUUCACACAGUCUGGAGACCUUUACAGACAUAUUCGGAAGUUUCACUGUGAGUUGGUGAACUCGUUGUCUGUCAAAAGCGAAGCACUGAGCUUACCUACUGUCAGAGACUGGACACUAGAAGAUAGCUCACAAGAACUUUGGAAAUAGAAUUUUUAUAUAUAUAAUUAAUAUAUAUAUAUAUAAAUCUAUAUAGUUGUGGUACAGUCUAAAAGCAGUCUUGUUUCCAUGAAUUGAAAGUUUGGCCAUUAGCUUGUUUUAUGCACUUUAAGGCGGCAUGAACAUUUCACUAUUUAGUGCUCUGAUAAUAUGAACUAUAGAAAUAAGACUAAUAAAUUUAAUUAAUUUACCCCUAUUUCCCCUAAAAAUAAGUACUUCUUUUAAAUAAAGCUGCAAAUGAACAAAUGUGAUUUUAGGUUUUAUUUAAACCUUACUUGCAACACUGCAUUAUUUCAAACUUCAAUUAAAAUGAAAAGAGUACUCCCUUCCAGUGUUUUAUCAAUUUGGUUACAUUUUAAAAACUGCAUGCAACUUUUCUAGCUGUGGGAAACCUGAAUGCUUUUAGACCCAAGUGAUACAUUUCUGAAAUGCUGGAGUAUCUAUUUUUAAACAAGUGGUUGAGAUACUAUUGUAAUUUGUGGAUUACAACAGUUCCCAAUUUUUUUAAAAAAAUGACCAUCACAGAUUUUUGAAAAUACACUGGAAUUGCUGGGACUCUGUGAAGGUAUGCUUGGGAUGUAAAAGGAUGUUGCGACUUCAACAGUUGCAAACUGCAUUUAAAAAUGUGAAUUACUGUUGUAUACUGUAAUUGAUUAAAUGGGCUGGGGGGGGGUGUCAAGGAAAUUGACAAGUUGUGUUAAUGCUCUCCAUUGAGUCUUGAAAAGUAAAUAUUAACGCUACGGAAAUGCAUGCGUUUCAGUAUAUUUUUGUCUUUGUUUGCAUUGUAUAACUUUAAUGAGUGAGUUUUUAAACUUAUUUAAUUUUUUGUAGGGAAAAAAACACCACUGGAAAAAUUGGUGUUAUGAAGAACAUAAAUGCACUGUUUUUUAUUUUAUAUAAGUUAAAUUAAUUGCCCACUGUCUUUAAGUUGAACAAAAGCUACAUGUUGAUUUUAGCUAUGUAAAGGAAGAUAGUAAUGUUUACAAACAGGCUUAGAGAUUUGCAUGUGCAGUGUACAUUUAUCAAGGAAAAAAAAUCUGAUUGCACAGAACUCAUGCCAGCGCCAACUUUUGAUGCAUACAUUACCCAUAUGAGCAUUUUUAGAAUUCCUGAUGCACAAAUUGACAAUAGGUCAUUCAUUUUUCGCCCCUUGAAAAGAUUCUAUGGAGUGAAAAAGCCCCAGGCUGAAAGGACUAGAAAACCUUGAUUGACGUGGGGUGGGGGAACGACGGGAGAAAAGUUGGGGGAGGGUUUGUGAACUGUGUAUCCAAGCAGCAAAGACUGUGGCCUGACGUGUGGUUUUAAUGAUCAACACACAGGGCAAGAGCGUUUUGCACAGUGUUUGUUUUCCUGUCUUGCACUUACAAAUAAGGUCUAUGGGAGUAGCAUGGAAAAUUGUUUUUCUUCUUCUUUCUGCUUUGUUUAGAAUUUGAUCGCCUUAACUACUGUAAACAUAGCCUAUUUUUGUGCUUAAGAAACUGAAUGGAAAACUCCAUUGUGUAUUGCUGGACUGUUUUGGAAAUACUUUGGUCAAAUGUAUGUUAAUUUGGCUGUAAUGGCAUUUAAAACAAAAAAAGCUGUGAAAAUGGCCUUGGAGCAUUAUUUUUAGUUACUUGAAUAGUUGCUAGGUUUUUAAAAUACAUUCUUUUUAUUAAUUUUAGAAAAGACAAUCAAUGUCUGGAAAAAUGGACUACUUUUGAAUUAUUAUUUUUGUGAAUGUGAGUGAUUGUUUUUGGGGGUGCCCUUUAGUUUCACAUUCUUUUUCGGUUCUAAAAAUUAGACUGACAUCUAGCUUUGACAAUCAUAGUAUGUUUUAUUUUCCUGAAAGGGAGGGGGAAUAACUUAUAACGCUGUUUAGUUUUGUACUAUUGGUGUGUUGGUGAAUUUUUAAACUGUGUGCUAACUGCAAUAAAUUAUACAUACUGAGAAAUCAA